UCGAAACAACGUUAUGCGGACUGUUGACGUCUGCAAAAAGCCACCUGACGCAGUUUUGAGCGUGAAUUCUGAAAGUUGAAUCGUCACACAAGACAGUAGUUGGAUGACUCCGUAAACUGUGUUCAGUGAUUAGAUAUUCAUCAUCUUAAAUGAAUUUCGGGGGUACCAUUCGACCCAAUAAUAAAGCCGUCGCUAUCUUCCUGAUUAGCGUGGCGACGCUUUAUUUAAUUUAUACAUGGACGAGUAGUACAUCUGCGGCAAAAGAAUAUUCAGCCGCGGCAGAAAAAGUUAGCAUUGGCGAAAUAUUAUGUGCUGCCAUAGCUGCAGCUGAAGCAGGUGGCAGAGAGGUGAAAGCUGUACGAGAAAAAGGAACUGAAUUAAAUGAAAAAAGUAAAGGCAAAACAAAAGAAGGUGUCAAAGAUGUCCUGACUGACGGGGAUAUUAGAUCUCACCAAGUCAUGUUCAGGACCCUAACUGGUGCUUUCCCUCAUGUUAAGGUAAUUUCUGAAGAACACGACGAGAGUAACAUUUUGGUUGAAUCAGCUAAAUUUGAAAAGAAAUGCCCUGCUCUUGAGCAAAUAUCAAAAUUAGAAUGGGCACCAAAUGAUUCAAUAACCAUUUGGAUUGAUCCAUUAGACGCAACCAAAGAGUACACAGAAAACUUAUUGGAUUAUGUGACCACCAUGGUAUGCAUUGCUGUGAAAGGUGAACCAGUUCUUGGAGUCAUUCACAAGCCUUUUGAGAAAAAGACCUAUUGGGCAUGGGUUGGACAGGGAAUGGCAGAAGAAUUACUUGAAAUCAGUAAAGCGCCGGAGGCGGAAAAUGACUCUUUUAUUAUUUCCCUAUCACAUACCGGAGACGCCGUGGAAAAUCGUAUUAAGUCAAAAUUUCCCAACGCAAACGUGGAGAAAGCUGGUGGUGCAGGAUAUAAGUCUUUGCAGAUCGCUAGUCGACACAGUGGAGCAUAUGUUCACAUGACUCACAUAAAAAAAUGGGACGUAUGCGCGGGGCAUGCAAUUCUUAAAGCUCUGGGAGGUCGCGUUACGACCAUGAAGAAUGAACCUAUUAAGUAUGGUGCAAAUGAUCCAGUCCUUAUCAAAAAUGGUCUGCUUGCCAGUUUACAUAAUGGAGAUUUCUAUUCAAAAUUAUUUACAGAAUAAGGAAUCAAUUUAUAAGAGUACAAAUAUGCUGUGACUCUGUUUUCUUUAUUUGUCCAACAACACUCAAUACAAUGAGCUUCUGCUGAA